CCUCCUGUAGCUCCAGCUUCAGGGGAUCUGACUCCAUCUUCUUGCCUUCAUGUGACCUUCCCAGAGGUGACAAACAUUUUCUCAGACAAACACACCACACAUGAAUAUAAGUCAAUUUUGUGGUAGAGGAGGUGACAAAAAAUGGCUGUCGAGACUCCUUAAAUAGCCCUCAUGCCAUCAAGGACAAAGCCAUUGUCACAGAAGUCUGCGCAUGUCUGCUGCUAAUGUCCCUGGCACCCUGCAGGUGAAUGCCGAGACAGUGCGGUACUCCAUCUGCACAUCCAAGCUCCGGGUGAAGCCUGGCGAUGUGGCUGUUCACGGAGAGGCCGUGGUGUGCGUCACCCCCAGGGAAAACAGCAAGAGCUCCAUGUAUUAUGUGCUGCAGUUUCUGAAAGAGGAUCUUCCGAAGGUGGUGGUACAGGGCAUCCCAGAGGUGUCCAGAGCUGUCAUCCAUAUCGACGAGCAGAGUGGGAAGGAAAAGUUCAAGCUUCUAGUAGAAGGUGACAACCUGUGGGCCGUCAUGGCCACCCACGGUGUGAAAGGCACCCAGACCACUUCCAAUAAUACCUAUGAGGUAACGUCCCCUUUGCACCCUCAGCCAAUACCCAGCUCAGUUUCCUGACCCUGACAUUUGCUCUCUUCCCCCAGCAACUACAGAACAGUCUGUUUGGGGGAACAGAGCAGGAGUUUGCUUGUCAGAAAAGGGAAGUAGGAGUGGGGUAGGUCCCAGAAGGGCCCCUACUCACUCCUAGCUCUUCCUAGGUGGAGAAAACUCUGGGCAUUGAGGCUGCCCGGACAACUAUCAUCAACGAGAUCCAGUAUACGAUGGUCAACCAUGGCAUGAGCAUCGACAGGAGGCACGUGAUGCUGCUCUCUGAC